AUGGACUACAUCCUCACCUCCUUCCUGCUUUUCACGGCUGUAGUAAGAAGUACUCCCGUCCCCGCAACCUCAUCCAGAUCAUGCAAAGACUACUCCGUUCCUCUCAACAUCACGUCCCUCAACCUCCAAUGGGGCAUUGAUCCUAUCGAGACCAAUGAAGACAUGGCAGCCUUCAACGCUGAAUGGGGACGACGUGAUAGUGCAUCGACAUUCCAUCCUGCUGUGCUCCCAUCUAAUAGCACCCCUGAAAUGGCGGUCUACACAAUAUCCGGGACAUACUGUGAGCCAACAAGCGGAGGAAAUGGCACUGUCCUCCUGGCUACACAUGGUGCGGGCUAUGGCAGAAACUAUUGGGAUCCUGAUAUUCAACCAGAGAACUAUAGCUUUGUGGACUAUGCUCUUGCGGAAGGCUACUCCAUCUUCUACUACGACAGACUUGGCGUGGGUGAGUCCGAAAUUGUGUCCGGCUAUGUCUCGCAAGUAUCAAACCAAGCCGCUAUCCUUACGGAGCUCGUCAAGCUCAUCCGCUCCGGCACAUUCUCCUCGCCUCCAGCGAAGGUCGUUCUCCUAGGCCACAGUUUCGGAAGUAUCGUAUCCAAUGUCGCUCUGCACAAUGAUCCAGAGUUGGUCGACGCAGCGCUGCUCACUGGUCUAGCUUAUGAGGCAACAGGGGUCAUAGGUGCCAUAUCUAACCAGGCCAAACAAAAUCGAGUUGCGAACCUGUACGAGCCAGAAAGGUUUGGCAAGUUGGAUGGAGGAUUCGCGGUCUGGGUUGACAUUUAUUCUGCCAUUGAAAACUUUUUCAAAGUCCCCUUCUUUGACGAGGAGGUCGUGCAGUGGGCUCAAGACAAUCAACAGCCCGCGGCACUGUUGGAAAACCUGUCAAUCGGGUUUGCCAAUGUGUCUUCUCCUGCCUUCACUGGCCCCGUCAUGAUCAUGUGUGGCGAAUACGACUUUAUAGCUUGUGGAGGCUACUGUCCAGGAUUCAUAGAUGCGGAUAUUCACGAGGUAUUCCCUGCAUCGAAGAACGUGGUUGCUUACGUGCAUCCAGACAGUGGACACGCAAUCAAUCUUUCGUUGAACGCAACAGGGGCUUUCCAAGUCCUGGGCAAUUUCUUGAAAGAGAACGGCUUAUAG